CUUAAGUGACAUUUUAUAACUGUGUUUCACAAAUAUUAUAAACAUACCAUUAUUAUUAUAUCAUGGAAUCUGAUGAAAUCACUUGGAAGGUAGUGCCGAAUACUGUCACAAACAGAAUGGUAGAUCACUCUUUGAUACAUAAACUGAUACCAUCUAGAAGAUUACGUCGCAGAAAUAAAGUUAUGAAUGUUGCAAUUAAACAAUCUUGCAGUUUAAAGACAUAUAGCCAAUACAUCAAAAUGAAGACAUCAGUUCUUCGAAAUUUGUCAGAUGAUGAUGAAACUGACAAUAAUGAUAAUUUUACAGAAGACGACUUUAACAUUUUGUAUAAAUCAAAUUUAUUCUUAACAAGUUACAUUCAACACAUGUCUAAUAAAAGUAAAACUUAUUCUUAUGAAGCAGACUUUUUAAUCAAUGAAGAUGACAUGUCUAAUGAAGAGAUUACAAAAAUACUUAAAGGAAAACACAAAGAUAAAUCAUUAAAAAAUAUACAUUUAAGUUGCCAAAAAGGUGUUAAAAGAAAAGCUAAGGAUACGCCUUCUUCUACAAAAGAGACAAAUGUCAUGACUUCUCUAAUGAAUAAUAAUCAAGGUACUAUACAAGAGGAAACUGUAAAUGCAUGUGCAUUAAUACAAAGUUCAAGUGAGAUAACGUAUAAUAAAAUUGCAGAACAAGUAGUAACAAAUGCUAACAAUGAAUCAGGACAACCAAAUCCUAUGGUGAAUAAAACUGAUGAAAAGAUUGUAUCAAAUAAAAAUUAUUCUUAUGAAAUGUUUAGUAAUUCUAAUAAAGAAAUAUCGAAAGGCAUACAGGACAGUUUAAUAUCUCCAGUAGAUAAUGUCAAUGAUUCUUGUAUAAAUACAGAAAUGCUUUUGAAUCAAAACUGUUCUAAUCAAGUAGAAAAAAAUUCAAACAUGGAAAAUACAUUUAUGGAUAAAUCCUCAUUAAUUACUGUUAGAACAUAUCAACCAAAGGACUCAGGCAUUGAAGAAGAUACUGAUGAAGAAUUUUUGUUGGAAAAUGGAAGAAGGCAUUAUAAAAAACUUAAAAAGAAAUCUCAAAAAAUAAAACAAAAUAUGUCAAAUACUUCCUUAAUGGUAAAACAUGCAGAUAAUUUGACAAAUUAUGAUGAUACCUUGAAGUCUGAAAAUUACAAUAUACCAACUAAAUCAGAUGCUACAGAUGAAACAUUAUGUCUAAACGAAAAUAUAAUUAUAAAUAAUGAAAAAUGUAAUGAUAAGAUACUAAAGCAUAAACUACAACCCAAAGUUACUCAUACAGAAAUUGUUGACAAAAAGUAUAAAAUAGUGCCUGGUACAUCUGUAUUUAAUAAAAAUGUUGAAGAGGAAAGAUCAAGUAUAAAAGACUUUUCUGAUCGAAAACAUGAAACAGAUGAAGCAAAGCAAAAUAUAGAGGAUAAUACUUGUCCUUUGGCUAGAAAACGACUACAACAAUUAAGAAGAUUAAAUUUGACUGUAGAUAGUGAUUCUAGUCUCAGUGAAAAUGAUGAUACAUAUUGUAAUAUUGAAAAUAUGAGAGAUAAAUUAUUCAAACGUCCUAAGGAAUCUCUUGAUAUAUUAAAUACCGAAGAUGAAAAUGUAAAGUUUAAACAAAAAAUUUCAAUCCAAUGUGAUAAAAAAUUACAAAAAAAUGAAAACUUUUCAGAGGAAACUGCUCGCUGUUUGAAUAACGAGUUUAAUGAUGCAAAACAAUGUUCAAAGAUGAAAGAUUCAUCCUUAGAUAUUAAACGAUUGUCAUUUGCUAGUCAUGGAGUUGUUCAGCAUAAAUCAAGUUGUUUAAAUACUGCAACAAGUUAUAAUUUGAAACAGAAAAAACAUAUGCAAGGAUCUAAUAAAGAAAAUCUGAAAAUUAAGUGUAUCAUAGAAGCUACAAACAAGGAAUCAGUAAUAUGUGGUAGACCAUAUAAUUUACAGGAAUUAAUAAAGAAGGAAAAUUUAAUGCUUAAAACGGCACUACCUUCUUUUACACUCGAAAACAUAGAAGAAAAUGAGCUUUUUAUUAUAGAUGUUCCUUCUGCAGUGCUUGAAAAUCAAUUACUGGGGAAUAAAAUACAUUUAACAGAAAAAACGUUAAAACUUGGAAAGCAAAAAUACAGAGUUAAAUGUAAAGAUAUAAAUAAUAUAUCUUGUGUGUUUGCCAGUGAGAAAUCUCAUAAACCAUACAAAAUAGUAAAUAUUAAGCCAGUAAUAAAAGUCGUGACACGAGAGAACAUUACACAGAAAUCACUUAAAAAAUCAUCAAAUCAAUGUACAAAUCAUAAUAUCGAUUGUACAUACAAUACCGAAAGAAUUGAAGAUGAGAUAGUCCCAACAGACUUUCUAACAGAGCGGACUCUGAUACCGAAAAAGAAACGUCGAAGUAUAAGUGAAUAAAGUAUGUUGCAUAUAUAAUGGCAUAUUAAAAAUUACAUUUAUGCAAUUUUUUAAUUAAGACAGAAGUUUUUCUAUUGCAAUAUUUUAAAGAGAAUAUAGUUUAUGCCUUGUUACUUUUAUAAGACUUUCAGUGGUACAAAUGAUUUGAGAUAAUCCAUA